UGCACCCGCCGCUGCGUUUAAUGAUAGACGACGGAAAUGCUGACUCAGUGCGGCACAGUCAGCGCUGUCAAGGCCCAAAGUUGAGGAUUCGGUUGUCCGGUGCUCAGACACCAGCGAGCACAGCAGUGUCAGUCUAUCAUUCACAUCGAUUGCCUCGCAUUCAUGAACCGCAUGUUCGCAGAGUAGAACUCAAGAUUUUGAGAAAGUCAGAGACUACAUUCGCAGGAUGUCGUUCAGUGAUCUUGCGCCCGAGCUUCUAGCGAUGGUCGUGACGCAUUUGCGGCGGCCAAACAGCCGCCUGUCUGCAUACGCAAGUCUCUCACGUGGGUUUGGUGCUGCUAUCGAGGCCAUUACCUUCUCUGAGCUUCGACUUACUUCCGAAGAAUUUGACGACUUCGAGCGAAUCGUUCGUCCUCAAUCGCCGGGUCGGCGAGACAUCUUGGGCUCCGUGGACUUCCAUGCUGUACUACCGACAUACACUGAUGAACAAUGUGCAUUGUUCGAGCGGGAGACUGAUAAGCACCUGAACAAUGAAGCAUUCACCCGAAGCAUAACAAGACUAUUAUCAAUACUGUCGUACUGUCGCGAAGGUUCGACGGCUCGGCCAAUCAAUCUCCGAAUCAAUUACUCCUACUCUCCAAAAGACAUUUCUCAUCGCGAGACUGGCGCACAAGACCGUCGAGACGUGGAAAACAGAAAGCGUCAAGAUUUGUUCGAAGAUCGCUAUAAGCACUCGUACCUCAGUUUCCUGAAGCGAGAGUCGACGAGCCUGCCCGUCGUGCCACGGGUCACAAAUCUUAGGAUUGAUGGACAAAUAUAUCGACUCAUCGCACCAGCAGCCGCGGGAAUACUUGCAUCGAGUCUUCCGAAGCUUGACGCUGCCGAGUGGAUGUUUGGUGAUGACAACAGCAGAUAUCCAGAGUUGCGUGUGAAGCUGCGCAAUGACUUCGCCCAAAGUCUAAAUGGUCUACGCUCUCCGGGUAUGACAGACUUCAAGCUAGACUAUAGGACUCGAUCGCCGAACAACGAAGGAUUUCGCAAUGCAAACUGUCUUAGAGAUGAUGGGGUUGAUCCCCUCAGUUUACAAUUAGGCCUGUACCUUCAGACAUGUAAUCUGGUAUGGGUCCAUCUCAGCGGACCUAUUUGUCUUGGGCCCGAAUUCUUCUGGUCAGACGGCGAUGGUGAGCAAACAGGACUCGCGUCGGCUUGGCCGGCACUCAAGACCUUCGAGCUUGAGCUCUCACCAGUACGACCGGAUGGCGGAUAUUACUUUCAGCGCGAUCCCAGGGCGAGACGAGAAUACGAGGACCCAGAAGAUCUGCCAGACAUCGACGAUGUCCUUUCAGACAGCUCUGACAACAAUGCCUCGUUUAAUGGCUCUGAGGAAUCUUUCUUUGAAAGGGACGAGACUGUACCAGAUGUGUACGACCACGUGACUGAAGAAACACGUUCGGGCGACCUGCCUGAUCGCCUAUUCCGAGCAUCACCUACCCCGGAGCUUGAGGAAUUCCUCGAAGCUGCCGCCCGAUGCGCGGUCCACAUGCCUCACGUAGAGCGUUUCUCCGCUGUGUUCGAUGUGCCUGCGCCAAGGAAGCAAUUCGGGUUUGAGUUUAUGACUUGCCGACCACAGGCCCCUGCAGGCAUGGAGUCCGAUGAUUCUCAGCGGAAUCGAUUGAUGUGGACCGUGUCGCGAGACUGGCGUAUGAAUUCCACCAUCGAGACCAUCUGGGCCGGGGCGCUUGGCGAGAAGGGAAUCGUCAAGUACGAAGAAUGGUUUGUGGAAGAGUUUUGACGAACAAAAAACUGCUUGCUUGUUUGCCAUCGAUAUUGCAGAUUCUAGACUGCGUUUUGCUUUCCCCAACCUCAACCCUGUUGUGCAGCUAAAUAGCUAUGUGGUAUAUGACUGUUUUGCA